AUGUCAAGUCAACUGCCUCCCGAGGUCCCUGCUGGGUGGUCCGCCCAAUGGAGUGCCAGACACCAGACUUGGGUAUAUGUCGACCUCAAGUCGCUUAAUAUCCAAUGGAUGUGCCCGACCGAACCGCCGCCGGGCCAUGUCAUCACUCCUCCAGUCAGCCCGACGACACCGUCCAGAGGCGAGCCGUCAGUCCCCGCGGGAUGGAAAUCGAAGUGGCAUCAGUCGUACGGAGCGUGGUACUAUGUGAACUCGCAGACUGGGAAAUCCCAAUGGAAUCGCCCGCAGUACGCCGCCAUCCCCGCCAACGCCUACAGCCCGAUCGACCAUAGCCACAAGCCAGUCGACUGGGACGAGUGCGCUCCUUCGCCUCUGGUUCCCAAGUUCCCAAAGUCGAUGCAUCUCUCCCUGAACUUGGAUCGCCAGCCAAUGUCUGGGUUUGAGCAUCUCUUCAGCGGCAACGUCAAUCCAGCUCCCUUGACUCCAGGAUUCUUCUCUCCUCCUCCUCCAAAGGCGGCACCUCCUUCGCCUCCUCGCCUAUGCAUUGACACCAAGCAUGCCCAAGGAAGGCAGCGCCCUGUCUCACCAGCUCACGCGUUCAUCCCAGCCUUCCGACCGAGAGCCAUCAGUGACUGUCCGCCAGUCCUACCGGAUAUCCCCCUCUCCCAGAUCGAGGCACCUCAUCCCUCGCCUCUCAAUCCCUACACCCAGGCCAGGCACUCUUUCCUGACGCCUCCUGGUCCUGGACCGAACGCCGCCCGCCACCAGGCCCGUCACUCCAUGACAAACUUUCCAACGAGCUCUGGCCCUUACGGCGGAGGAUACGGCAGCGCCUAUGCCCCUCCCCCUCCGCCUCGCCCCAAGCCACAGCCGCAGCUCAAAGCCGCCCUCGGUGUGCCAAUCCAAAAGGUAAACGCCAAUCGCGGACAUCAUAGAUGGGCCUCAACGCCCGAAAUCGUCCUGCGGAAGCCUCUGACCCCGAAGAUCGAAAUGGCCACCGAGCUCCCGGCCGCGGAGAUCCCGGUCCUCCAGGAAAAGGAAGUCCUCGCCCCGACCAUCACCGUCGCUCCAAUGCCUACACCACCGCUAGACCCGACGCCGCCUCUGAAUCCGACACCCAAGCCACCCGCCAGGGCACCUCUCGGUGACAUCCGACAGCUGCUGAGGACCAAGACGAUCGGGUACACCCAGAGGUCGUGGCCGGUGGGCGCCCAGGACAGGGGGUACUACCCCACGCGUGUCGUGGAGGAGGCGGAGGAGGAUGGCUACGAGAGCGAUUCGAGCUACUGUACGGAUUACGCGGAGGAUGAGCCUGAGCGGUCGCCUGUUGUCAGCUUCACUCCUGUUUUGAACAAGCCUAUUGGGCGUGAGUCCUGGGAACUGGCUUAUUAA